GUUCAACUGUUCAAAACGUUCGACGGUAAUAGAAGUGAUUGAAAAAAAAGUUUUCUAUAAAAAGAAAAUUAAUUUGAAGAAAACAAAAAAAAAAGAAUUAAUAAAAUCAAUGAAUCUUUGUGUUGACCACUACGCUCUCUUGUUGGAUUUGUUUUGUUUAUAUUACGUUUCGCUCUCCAAACAUUCUAUCAUUGGCAUUUAUUGCAGCCACAAGAUGCAAAAGAAGAAUGUUUUGCUUAAUUUUUGAUUGAGUUCAAAACAAAUUGUUAAAGAUUUAAAAAAAUUAAAGAAUUUUUGUGUGAAAAAAAGAGGAAACUAAAGGUUAAUUGAAAAUAUUGUAAUUUACACCUUUUUUCUUUUUUGUUUUUGGUGGCUUGUUGUUAGUGGGUUUUUUUGUGAAUGAACUUGAAUUUUAAAUGCGCGCGCGUUACAAUUUUUUUUUUGGUGAAUUUAAAUUGAAUUUGUUAAUAAACAAAGUGUUUAGAAUUUGUUUUUGUUUUUAAGAAAAUUAAGCAAUAUAGAGGAAAUCUUUUGCCAUUUUAAGAAAAAGUUGUUUUUUUAAAGAAACUUCAAAUUACAAAAAAAAAAAGUGUGUUGGCUGUUAAGUUAAACGUAAGACGUCGGCGUUUUGUUAGGCUUAACGCUCAAGUGUGUAAAUUUUAAAUAGAGGUGUGCUUUUGCCAUUUGGCAAUUGUUGUUUAUUUAGUGGUUUUGGUUUUGUUGUUAUAACCAGUGACAGAGCUGUCAGCUAGAGUGUGUCACCUAAAGUGUUUUUCUUUGGAUUAGUGACAAAUUGUCGUUCAAAAAGUUUAAAAAUAACAACAACAAAAUUUUAGAAAAAUAAAGCAAAAACAACAACAAGUGUUCAAUUAUAAAUAAAUAAUAAAUUUUAACAAAAAAAUUACCACAAAUUUUAAAGAAAAAAAAUUUUAACAAAAUUUUAAAAAAUAAAAAAAAAAUAGUUUUUAAAUUAAGAAAAAAUUAAACACACAACGAAUAGAAUUUAACUAACAACAACAUGAUUUCCACACAUGUCAACAACAACAACAACACAUGGUCUUUAAAUGGCCCCCAUAUUGCUGAAGAUCACAUGCCACGCCGAAGGAAAAGGCAUUUUAGCAAAAUGAGUUUAAUGCUAAUGAUAUUUAUAAGCUGCUGUUCAAUACUGAUCUUAAGUCCUCUAGUUCAAGCCAAAGAAUCGAACAAGAACAAUGCCACCGCCAACAAAGGUGAGACCAUGCUAAGCACUGAUCAGCACCAAGGCAAUAACUGGGCAGGAAUAGUUGAAAUAAAAGAUAAAAACACUUUCAAAAGACUCAAGUCAACAGAUUUUAACGAUGAUGAUGAUGAUGAGGUUGAGGACACACAGGAGGAGGAGGAGGAGGGUGAAGAAGAGGAACAUUCUAGUGAAGUCAUAGAAAUGAUACAGCCAGCACAUAACUUAAGACACCAGGAACACUACAAACAACGCAUACUAAUGGCGGAAAAAGAUUUUCAACUGAAACAGCAAAAGCAACAAAAAAAAGAAAAUGCUCAUGAAGAUGAUAAUGAUGAUGAAGAAGACUAUGAUGGUGACGAUGAGGCCAUAGAACAAGAACGAGAAUUAUCUUUACACAAUAGAAAUUUAAGAUACCAACAAAUCCAGUUAGCUUUAAGGGAACCCAUGACUUCUUCUACAACAACACCACCACCCCACCAUCAUCGUCGUCAUGAACAUCAUUUGGCUAAACAACGCUUGGCAAAACAAGCGAUAUACAAUACAUGGCCACCACAACAACAUCAUUUAAGACAUCAACACCAUCAUCAUCUUACGCAAGACUCUCAACAUCAUAAUCAGCAACAACAGCAACAACAACAAUCACAAUUGCAUCACAAUUUAAAAGCUCAAAUGAGAAAGCAAAAUCUUACCCACAACAACAAACCUUUAUAUCAACGUUAUUUUGAUCGUGAAAGUUCUUAUAUGAAUCCUCCUUCAUCUAGACUAAUGACAACCGAAGGACCACAACAACAACAACAACCACAUUUAAGACACACUGGACGAAUCAAUAAAUAUUGGAAAACCAUAACAUAUACAAACAAUCCUCAUAAUCAUUUAUACAAUGAUGAGGCGGAGGCCACCAAUAACCAAGCAAAGGAAGAUAAAGAAGACAUUAAACGAAUUUCAUUGUCAUUAGAUGAACAUGAGGAAAAUGAAAAUGACAAUGAAAACGAAAAGGCCAAUAAAAACAAAGAACCACAAAUAUUAGAUGAGACAGCUAAAUAUGAAGACGCUGACAUUGAGGAUGUCAAUAACAAUGAUAAUGUUGACACUGAUGCUGCUACUACAUCAGAGGAAGAUGAUUAUUCCUAUGAUGAUGAUGAUGAUGACAAGGAAAUCAAUAAAUCUCCCAAAUAUCCCACCAUACAAGCCAAUGAUAAAACCAAUGUUAAACGUUAUACAAAUCCCUUAAGACCUCUAUAUAAACCAAACUCCUAUGCAUCUUAUAACUAUCGCCCGAAUCAAUACAAUUAUCAUUUAAGACAUGCCCCACAAAUAAUGAAAGCCUCCAAUAAUAAUAAUAACAAUAAUGGUGAAGACUAUGAUGACACCGUUAACUAUGAGGAUGACAUUACAUCGGACGAAUCAACAACGUCUAAUGACGAUGAUGAUGAUGAUAAGUUUUCCGAUGAGAAAUGGAAUAAAAUUGAACAUGAACAUUAUCGCAAACAAUUGCAACAUCAACGUGCUAUGCAGGCAUUACGUUCACGUCGACCAUCACCCAAUGAUAAUACUCCACAUACAUCGGCCUCCAACAUCAAUAAUAAUAACAAAUAUUCUUCUUAUUCUCCGGCUGCUGCUGCUGCUGCCUGGACAAAGCGUCAAACUAUGAAUGAUGUAAGAUUUUAAUGAGAUUUUAUAAUGGAAUUUUUUACGGUAACAAACAGACAUUUUUCAUACAUUUAUCAUAUAGACGGUUUAUAUGUAAAUAAGUAUGAAAUUUACAUUAAUUUCAUAUAUCAUAAAAAAAUUUAAAAUUUAAACAACAACAUCAAUAAUAACAAUUGAACAGCAAUAUUUGAAUGUGAGUUUAAAAAAAGUUCUGAAAUUUCAAGAAUUUUUAUUUUGAUUAAUUAUCGAAUUGUGUGUAAAUAUGAAAAAAAAAGAAAGAACACAAAAACAAUAUGAAUAAUAAUAAUUUAAAUAGGAAUUUAUCUUGGCAUUUCCCCUUCUCCAAACAAAAAAAAACAACUCUUUCUUUUUCAAAAGUAAUUAAUCAUUGGCGUUCUGGAAAAUGAGAAAUAAAGAAAAGAAUUGAAAAACAAAACAACAA